AUGCCCAGUGGGGACAGCUCUGUCCCUGGCAGUGCCACCACCCCUGGAAGGGACAGCUCUGUCCCUGGCAGUGCCACCAUCCCCACUGGGGACAGCUCUGUCCCUGACAGUGCCACCACCCCUGGAAGGGACAGCUCUGUCCCUGGCAGUGCCACCAUUCCCACUGGGGACAGCUCUGUCUCUGACAGUGCCACCACCCCUGGAAGGGACAGCUCUGUCCCUGGCAGUGCCACCACCCCUGGAAGGGACAGCUCUGUCCCUGGCAGUGCCACCAUCCCUGGCAGGGACAGCUCUGUCCCUGGCAGUGCCACCAUUCCCACUGGGGACAGCUCUGUCCCUGGCAGUGCCACCACCCCUGGUGGUGGCUCUCCCAGCAAUGGCUCUCCUGGUGGUGACAGUUCCACUGUCCCCACUGGGGACAGUCCAGUGAGGGGCAGUGACACUGUCCCCGUGGAGGACAGGCCAGUCAGGGGCAGUGCCACCAUCCCUGGUGGCAGCUCUGCUGGAGGUGGCAGUGCCACCACCCCCCCCACUGGGGACAGGCCAGCCAGUGGCAGUGGCACUGUCCCUGUUGGGGACAGCCCAGCUGGUGGCAAUGCCACCGUCCCUGCUGGGGACAGGCCAGCCAGUGACAGUGCCACCAUCCCUGCCAGGGACAGCCCGUCCAGGGGCAGGGACACCCUCCCCACCAAGGACAGGCUGGGCAGUGGCACCGUCCCUGCUGGGGACAGUCCAGCCAGUGGCACUGCCACCUGCCCCCCCAGUGCCACCACCCCUGCCAGGGACAGCCCUGCCAGGGGCAGUGCCACCACCCCCAUUGUGGACAGGCCGGUCAGUGGCACUGCCACCACCCCUGUCAGGGACAUUACCUCCAGGGGCAGUGCCACCACCCCCUCCAGGGACAGCACAUCCAGGGGCAGUGCCACCAUCCCUGUCAGGGACAGCACGUCCAGGGGCAGUGCCACCACCCCCUCCAGGGACAGUCGUGCCAGGGGCAGUGCCACCAGCCCUGCUGGGGACAGGCCAGUCAGGGACAGUGCCACCAGGGACAGGCAAGGCAGUGCCACUGUUUCCCCCAGAGAAAGCCCAUCCAGGGGCAGUGCCACCAUCCAUGUCAGGGACAGCACAUCCAGGGGCAGUGCCACCGUCCCUGUUGGGGACAGGCCCGUCAGGGACAGUGCCACCAGGGACAGGCCAGGCAGUGCCACUGUGCCCCCCAGGGACACCCCACCCAGGAGCAGAUCCAGCACCCCCAGCAGGGACACCCCGCCCAGGGGCAGUGCCACCAUCCCACCCAGGGGCAGCCCUGCUGGUGGCAGUGGCACUGUCCCCUCCAGGGACAGGCCGGUCAGUGGCAGUGCCACCAUCCCCUCCAGGGACAGUCCAGCCAAGGCCAGGGACACCCCCCCGGGCAGGGACACCCCAUCCAGGGUUAAUGCCACCACCCCCAUCAGGGACAGUCGAGCUGGUGGCAGUGGCACUGUCCCU